GGUACGGAACUUUCACAGCGACAAAUAUCUUGGCUGAACCGAGGAACGAGUCGAAACAGUUUGCCAGUGGCUCAAUUUCAUAUAUGUGUCAAUCCAUUGGCCACACAAUGUGCAUGGAAUGGUAUACGCCUCAACGGGCUGCCACUUCCGGGCCGCGGCACUCCCAGUCGCGUCAGUAUUAAAGCCCAAUAGUCUGCCCCGGUCCCCAGCAAUCCUGAGCGUGGCACUACUACUUGACGCACAAUGUCCAUCUGCACCAGUAACUGUACUUGCGUUAGCAAGAACAUUUGUAUCAGUCCCGCGGUUCCUCUUCCGGACCCCUGCAACGGAAUCCCAGUCAUCUGCGCUACUGAGCAGAAGGCAUGCAUCCAGUGGAAGCUGGUCAGGUUGUCCAACGACAGUGUCACCCUCCAGAACGCCGUAUGGACGAACACUGCUCAGGCUUGUGCAGCCGCGUGUACAGCCGUCGUCGACAAGUGUACCCCUCAACAAGUCAUUGUCCAGAAGAACAACGUCUUCAUCAUGUGUCCCGCUGAGCGCACUGUGUACUGCUGCGGCCUGGAGGAAUAUAGAGAGUUCCCGCAGGUCAUCGUCACUAGUACGACUGCGACUCCGUUGCAGACGUGCAAUGACCGUAAGCGCUCGUGGUUUUUUGCCAAACUUUGACGGAUGAACCCGUGAAGUA